AGAAAGCUCUAUUGGGUUCAAUGGGACUUACUCCCGGGUGUGUAUUGGAUUGUAGCCUUCGGCAACCAGUCCCAGGGCCCUCUUGAGUUCCAUAAAGCGAGAAGCAGCAUUUCUUAUCUAGCAAGGACAACUGACUUCCUCUCUUUCUGUCAGAGGGAGCCAGGUCAAGGGCGUGGCGCCCUCCUUCCCGACGACCCUUCCCCAUCUCCAGCCCACCUCCUGCGGUGCCCGCCGGGCCGGCUGUCGGAAAAGGAGGCGGAGGCACCGCGGAAGGGGAGUUGGGCGGGCUGGCAGGCGGCGUUGCCCAGCGAGAGCAACCAGUACCCAGGACCUGCGGAAAGGCGAGGAAUGGACGAAGCUGCAUUGCGGCUGGAAAAAGAGCGCGCGGCUCUGGAGCAAAGGAAGGAAGGCGAGGCAGGUCGGGUCGGAGUAGGAAUUUCAAGCGAAGCAGAGCCAGGCUGGUGGCUGAGGUAGCCGAAGGACGAGCAGGCAAGCAAGGAACCAAACAGCAAGCCCUCUCCCCUUCCUUCCAUUUGAGGCCAGCGGUGGAAGUCACUGGAGCGAAGUUCCAAACGGCCCGCAGAGACGCUGCAAUCAAAGACGGUUAGAAUGACGAAGGGGACGGGCGAGAGGCGACUCUAACAACAACAGGAGCGCUGGUGUAAAUGACGGCUGCUGCCUCCCAGACCAAGAUAACCUGCUCAGUCAGCUGGAGCCCCCUGUGGACAGCUGUCUCUCUCUCAGCUGAUGGAAACUGCUACUACCCACUGAAUGGGGAAGAGUGAAGUAACCACAGUACAAGCAGCCGCCGCCACCGCAGCAGCUGAAACAGCAGCGGCUACAGCAGCAGCAAGCAAGGGCUCUAUUGUUCCUUGGUGUUAAACAGUUUUUUCCUUUUCAUUUGGCAUGCACAAUAGCUGGAAAGCAAUUUCCAUUCUGCCCUCCCUGUGAAGACAUUCCGAAGGGGCAAGAAAUUACUCACGCAAGGAUUGUCUAUUGUGCUGCAGAUUUUGACACUGAAGCAGGCUUCUGGAAGGCAUGGGGCUGAGAGAGAAGAGCACAGCUUUAUUCCAUGGUCCAGGGGUUUCUGUUUCAAGCGAGUGUAUUGGAGUUCUUGUGCUUCUCCUGUUUGGAAUCUGGGGAGCUAAGACACAAAGUGAAUUUGAAACUUCAUCUGUGUAUUUGUGGAAGCCUGGUCCAUGGGGCAGGUGUAUGGGAGAUGAAUGUGGCCCAGGAGGCAUCCAAACUCGAGCAAUCUUGUGCACCCACGUGGAAGGAUGGACCACGCUGAUCACGAACUGCAAGCAGGCAGAGAGGCCUGACAACCAGCAGAACUGCUUCAGGGUCUGUGACCGGCACAAGGAACUUUAUGAUUGGCAACUGGGUGACUGGAAUCAAUGCCAGCCAGUUCUUUCAAGGAGCUUUGAAAAAGCUGCAGAGUGUUUCAGAGGGGAAGAAGGAAUUCAGAGGAGAGACGUUACUUGUGUCCAAAAAUCAAAUGGCAUUGUAGCCGAGGACACUAUAUGCGAAUACUUUGAGCAAAAGCCCCAGCUAGAACAGGGAUGCCUCAUUCCUUGCCGGCAGGACUGUAUUGUGUCUGAGUUCUCAGCCUGGUCGGAGUGCUCCAAGAGUUGUGGCAAAGGGAUGACACAUCGUUUCCGCCACGUUGUCGCUCCACCUCAGUAUGGGGGCUCUGCCUGUGCUAACUUGACCGAGUUUCAGGUUUGCAGCUCUUCUCCGUGCACUACUGAGGAAAGCAUAUAUAGCCUGAAUGUGGGGCCAUGGAGUCCCUGUUCAGUGCCCCACACACGGCACAUAAGGCAAGCAAGGAAACGUGGGAAGAACAAAGAAAAGGAAAAGGACAAGGAAAAAGCAAUAAGGGAUCCAGAAGCUCGUGAGCUUCUUAAGAAAAAGAGGAAUCGUAACAGACAAAACAGACAGGAGAACAAAUAUUGGGACAUACAGAUUGGAUACCAGACGAGGCAGGUGAUGUGCACUCACAGGAAUGGGAAGACCGUUGCCUUGAGCUUCUGCCAACAAGAGAAGUUGCCAAUUACCUUCCAGUCUUGUGUCAUCACUAAGGAAUGCCAGGUGUCAGAAUGGUCUGAAUGGAGCCCAUGUUCCAAAACAUGCUUUGAUAUGAUGUCCCCUAAAGGUAAUCGUACAAGAACACGGACCAUUAAGCAGUUUCCUAUUGGCAGUGAAAACGAGUGUCCAGAGCUAGAAGAAACAGAGCAGUGUGCUUCUCAAGGAGAUGGAGUGGCUCCAUGUAUCACGUAUGGCUGGAGAACCACAGAAUGGACAGAAUGUCGCAUUGACCCUUUACUUAGCCAACAGGAUAAACGUCGAGGAAAUCAAACAGCUUUGUGUGGAGGUGGGAUUCAGACUCGGGAGGUUUAUUGUGUGCAAGCUAAUGAAAAUCUCCUCUCCUAUUUAAAUACUCUCAAGGAAAAAGAAGAAAGUCAGUCACAGAGCACAUCGAGGGCUAGUGCUGCACCACUUCUAUCAAUCACUUUUGAAAUAACAGCAUCCAAACCUGUGGAUUGGAAACUGUGCACGGGCCUUACACCUAGCACAACUCAGUUAUGUUAUAUUCCAUGUCCCAUAGAGUGUGAGGUAUCAGGCUGGUCAGCUUGGGGGCCAUGUACAUUUGAAAGCUGUGAUGACCAGCAAGCCAAAAAGGGUUUUAAACUAAGAAAGCGUCGCAUCGCAAAUGAACCCACAGGAGGCACUGGCAACUGCCCUCAUCUGCUUGAAGCCAUUCCAUGUGAAGAACCUUCUUGUUAUGACUGGAGGAUAGUACGAUUGGAAGAGUGCAUUCCAGACAACGAGAAGGAGUGUGGUCCUGGUACUCAGGUUCCACAGGUGAUCUGUAUCAGCAGUGAUGGAGAAGAGGUUGACAGACAGCUGUGCAGAGAUGCUAUCUAUCCAGUCCCCAUCGUCUGUGAAGUUCCGUGCCCGAAGGAUUGUGUACUCAGCACAUGGUCUGGAUGGUCCUCCUGCUCACACACCUGCUCGGGCAAAACCACAGAAGGAAAACAGAUGCGUGCCCGUUCCAUCUUGGCAUAUGCAGGUGAAGGAGGAAUACAGUGCCCAAACAACAGUAUGCUGCAGGAAACACGCAACUGCAAUGAACAUCCUUGUACAGUGUACCACUGGCAGACAGGACCUUGGGGCCAGUGUAUAGAGGAUGUCUCUGUGUCAGCAUUCAAUUCUUCUACUAGCUGGAAUGGAGAGGCCACUUGUGCCGUUGGGAUGCAAACAAGGAAAGUCAUGUGUGUGAGGGUCAACGUGGGACAAGUAGGACCCAAAAAGUGUCCUGAAAGCCUUCGCCCCGAGACUGUUAGACCUUGCUUACUACCCUGUAGGAAAGAUUGCAUUGUGACGCCUUACAGCGACUGGACGCCAUGCCCUUCAUCAUGUCAAGAAGGGGAUGUUAAAGUAACAAAACAAUCUCGGCAUCGAGUGAUCUUGCAGCUCCCUGCAAAUGGUGGCCGUGACUGCCCAGAUACUCUGUAUGAAGAAAAAGACUGUGAACUUCCUCCUGCCUGCUUGUAUUUCAGAUGGAAGACGCAUAAAUGGCGCAGGUGUCAACUCGUACCAUGGUAUGUUCGUCAAGACAGCCCAGGUGCCCAAGAAACAUGUGGUCCUGGUCUACAAGCAAGAGCUAUUACUUGUCGCAAGCAAGAUGGCGGACAGGCUGACAUCAGUGAAUGCCUUAAGUAUGCAGGCGCUUUGCCAUCUUUAACACAACCCUGCCAAAUCCCUUGCCAAGAUGAUUGUCAGUUCACAAGCUGGUCAAAGUUCUCUUCUUGCAAUGGGGACUGUGGAGCAUUUAGGACAAGAAAGCGCUCUCUUACUGGAAAAAGCAAAAAGAAGGAAAAAUGCAAAAAUUCCCAGCUGUAUCCACUGAUUGAGACCCAGAUUUGUCCUUGUGACAAGUAUAAUGCUCAGCCUGUGGGGAACUGGUCAGACUGUAUUUUACCUGAAGGCAAAGUGGAUGUACUGUUGGGAAUGAAAGUACAAGGAGACAUCAAAGAAUGUGGGCAGGGCUACCGUUACCAAGCCAUGGCUUGCUAUGAUCAAAACAGUAGACUUGUUGAAACAUCACGAUGCAACAGUCACGGGUACAUUGAGGAAGCCUGCAUCAUUCCAUGCCCCUCGGACUGCAAGCUCAGUGAGUGGUCCAAUUGGUCUCGCUGUAGUAAAUCCUGUGGCAGUGGGGUAAAAGUCAGGUCUAAAUGGCUUCGGGAGAAGCCCUACAAUGGCGGAAGGCCCUGCCCAAAGUUGGAUCAUGUCAAUCAGGUAUAUGAAGUAGUCCCAUGCCACAGUGACUGCAGCCAGUAUAUUGGGGUCCCUGAACCAUGGAGCGUGUGCAAAGUGACGAACGUGGACUUAAACGAGAACUGUGGAGAGGGUGUGCAAACCAGAAAAGUGAGAUGCAUGCAGAACACUAUGGAUGGACCUUCAGACACUGUUGAAGACUACCUAUGUGACCAAGAAGAGAUGCCUAUCGGUGCUAGGAAAUGCACAUUGCCAUGCCCAGAGGACUGUGUUAUGUCUGAAUGGGGCCAGUGGUCUAGGUGUUCUUUGCCAUGUAAUGGAAGCAACGUGAGGGAACGAUCAGCGGAAGUCAUGAGGCAGCCUCAAGGAGGAAAGGCUUGUCCUGCUUCUGUGGAGACAGAACCUUGCAGUCUGAACAAAAACUGUUUCCACUAUGAUUACAAUGUGACAGACUGGAGUACAUGCCAGUUAAGUGAGAAAGCUGUCUGUGGUAACGGGAUCAAAACAAGAAUGCUUGAUUGUGUCCGCAGCGAUGGCAAGUCAGUUGACUUGAAGUACUGUGAAAAGCUUGGCUUGGAAAAGACCUGGCAGAUGAACACAUCCUGCGUGGUGGAAUGCCCUGUGAAUUGUCAGCUGUCCGACUGGUCUCCAUGGUCUGAGUGUUCUCAGGCUUGUGGCCUUUCUGGAAAGAUGAUACGAAGGAGAACUAUUAUUCAACCCUUCCAAGGUGAUGGUAGACCUUGUCCUUCACAGAUGGAGCAGUUCAAGCCCUGCCCAGUAAAACCUUGUUAUUGUUGGCAGUAUAGUCAGUGGGCUGAAUGCAAAGUUGAGGAUGCUCAGUGUGGAGAAGGGACAAGAGUCAGAAACAUUUCCUGUGUGGUCUAUGAUGGAUCCAGUGAUGAUGCUGGCAAAAUAGUGGAUGAAGAAUUUUGUGGGGAAAUUGAGCCAGUUGUUGAUGGCAAUAAAAAAAUGGUACUUGAGGAAACUUGCACCCUACCUUGUCCAGGUGAUUGUUAUUUAAAGGAGUGGUCAGAAUGGAGCCUCUGUCAAUUGACCUGUGUAAAUGGUGAAGACCUUGGCUUUGGAGGAAUACAAGUUCGAUCACGAGCAGUAAUCAUACAAGACCUGGAUAAUCAACACCUUUGUCCAGAGCAGGUUUUGGAAACAAGACAAUGUAAUGAUGGUCAGUGUUACGAAUACAAAUGGAUGGCCAGCCCAUGGAAGGGAUCUUCUCGAACAGUAUGGUGCCAAAGGUCAGAUGGAUUGAAUGUUACAGGAGGGUGCUUAGUGAUGCGCCAACCAGAUGUUGACAGGUCAUGUAAGCCACCAUGCAGCCAACCCUAUUCUUAUUGUAGUGAGGCCAGAACAUGUGCUUGUGAAGAAGGGUACACAGAAGUAAUGUCCUCUGAUGGCACACUGGAGCAAUGCACUCUCAUCCCGGUGGUAGUCAUCCCUACAGUGGAGGACAAAAAGGGAGAUGUAAAAACCAGUCGAGCUGUGAACCCCACGCAGCCAUCUAAUACCCAGUUGGGACGAGGAAGGACUUGGUUCCUGCAGCCUUUUGGACCAGAUGGGAAGCUGAAGACCUGGGUUUAUGGUGUAGCUGCUGGUGCAUUUGUUUUGCUCAUAUUUGUUAUUUCUAUGAUCUAUCUAGCCUGCAAAAAGCCAAAGAAGCCUCAAAGAAGACAGAACAACCGUCUGAAACCUUUAACACUGGCUUACGAUGGGGAUGCAGAUAUGUAAAAUAAUAACUUCUCUUGAAACUGUAGUGUUCAAAAACAGCGUGUACAUUGUGUACAUUACAGAGCAGAUGUUACACCACAAGGAAAAAAAAGGGGGGAAAGACUUCACAAUGGCCAUGGAUAUUCCAAGAAACAUGCUUUACCCUAGACCAUCAAUAAGUAAAACAAAUUCUGGUGGCAAAUUUGUCUUGUAAGCACGGCAGGGGGAAUCUUAAUGUGGCCUUCUUUGAAACUUAUGAACUGUAAAGCCACUUGUGUCUCCAGCCCUUUGUAUAUGACCUAAUAUUGACAUCUGAGAGUCUUGAUGCCAUAUCUGCUGCAUUAACUUAGUGUACUCAGUAAGUAUGAUCAUACCAAGAUGUCUAUAAUGCUUGAUAUACAACUUAUAUACUCAGUUGCACCAUAUGUAUUAAUCUGUCAAGUGAUAUCCUGGCUAAAAGGGCAUUUUGUUAACUUUAAGAGAAUAACAAACCACUGAGCAAAUUUGGUUUUCUUAACCUACCUUUCAAAGGGUGAAGACUUACAAAAGUGUCCUAUUCCCAGUUCCAGAUGCUCAAGCGCCAUAUACCCACACUCACUUAUCAAGGAGAGAAGCAUUUUCAGGCUCAGUGUUUUAUAGAGAUUGUCUGGAAGUUAAUAUCUAUGUUUAAUAAGUUUUUACUUUCUCUGACUCUCAAACUGUUGCCUGCAACUUUUUUGCUACAUGUAAGGCAAUUUUUUGCACUAUAUUAGUGCAGCAUGAUAUGCACUUAUUAACUAGUAUUGCCAUAGAAACUGCCUCUUUUCAAAAAGGAUGAAGGUGAAGAUGCUGCAUCUUUGCAAAUAGCAUCAAAUAGACAUUUAUCAGUAAAUUCUUGAGUCCUGAUGAGAGUAGAGAUCAGUUUCUGGACUGUGACUGGAUCAAACCAGCUAAUACAAGUACUGUUUCUACCAUUUCUUGUAAAAAUAACUGUUUUGUAGUCAAUACUAUGGCAGUAACAUUAAGUGUCAACUUUCUGAUUCUGUCCAACUUCUGCAGAUAGUAGAUUUUCAGGUUGAUUUCUAAUUACUUUGAAGGUUGUUUAACGACUAGAUUUUUAUAUUGCUAUCUUUGUAAAAAAAGAAAGAAAAAAAGUGGUUGCCCUCUAAUCUUGGGGAAAAUACUUAUCUAAACAAUGAUCCAAUAUUUUCAAGCAGAAAGAAUGCAAAAUACCUGUUUAUUUUUCUCCUGCUAAUGGAAAGUGUUUUGUUGCUGAAGAAUUGAUAGCUCUCUCCUCUUUCCAUAUGGAAUAACAUGGUGACGUCCCCCCCCCGACUCUGGUUAAUAAGGAACAUUUUUUUUAAAAAUCCUUAUACGUUAUUGUCUAACUGCCCAGUCAAAGUGUAGGAAUGCUACUGAAUUCAUAGAGCUUCCUCUUGGAGGGGAAAGAGCUGUAGCUCAGUGGUGGAGCAUCUUCUUCGCAUGCAGGGGGUCCUUAGUUCAGUCCCCAGCAUCUUCAGGUAGGGCUGGGAGAGACCUCCUGUCUGAAACCCUGAAGAACAGCUGCUAGUCAGUGUAGACAGUACUGAGGUAGAUGGACAAAUGGUCUGAUUACAAGCUUCCUAUGUUCCUCACCCAUUGAUUUCAAUGGACAGAACUGAGUCUUUCAAGAAUUCCUUUGAAUGGGGCACAACCAUCCUAUACCGUUCCAUGAAUACCCAUAUUUGUGUAUCCUCAAACUGUGCAACUUCUUUAUAAUACUUCUGGCAAUAUAACUACUUACAGCUUAUUAAUUUCUGUUAACAUCUUCCAUUCUGAUGGAUUUUCAAUGUAUUACAUGCAAGAUGAAGCCUCUUUCGCUGCUAGAAAUCCACAACCUUUCCAAAAUAAGGUCUUUAUUCAAGACAGCACCUGUGUCUGUCUAGACUAAGUUAUAAGCGGAUGAAUAAGCAAUACAAUUAAUCAGCUUUAUCAGGCAUCUAUUACACAAUUUUUACACAUUUUUAAACCUAGUUUCUCAGGUCUGUAUCAAUAAGCUAAACCAUUCCUAAUGCACCCCAAUAUAAUGCCUGAGGCAUUAUGUCUAUUGAUUAAAGCCAAUACACUCAGUUGUUUCAUGCCAAUAUGGCUGCCUAGACAAGAAAGAGAUGCUUUCAUUUUUAACAUCGGCUCAAAUUAGAUUUACAAACUUGUUGGGAGUUUGCCUCCACCAUAAGGUCUCUGAUGUUGACACACACAACUUCAGAAACUGUCUGAUCUCAUGCUGCUUUUGUUUGUUUGCUUGCUUGCUUGCUUUAAAAAGAUUUAUCAUCACCUGUGAAGUGAAGCUACAGUUAGCAGUAAAAUUACAGGAAGAGGAGGAUUUAUUCUAAGCAGAAAUGCUCUUUGGAAAGAUGGCUAAUAAGGUUAAAAUGAAUAUAAAACAGCCAAUUUACUGAAACUAAAUGCUGAGAACUGGCUAGCAAAUGAAAUGAAUGAGUAGUUGAAGUUUACUACAUUAUCCUAUGCAUGUUUACUUGGAAGUAAGUCCCACUGUGUUAACUGGGGCUCACUCUCAGGUAAGGAUUGUAGCACAAGAAACGUUCAUCUUCAACUUACAUUACAGGGUGUAAAAAAAAUAGAUGCACAAAGGUUUAGAGCUUGAAGGUUUUUCUUUAAUUGUAAAGAGAAAGAAUUAUUUUAAACAACUAUUGGGACAACAGGAAGGCUACAAUUGCAGUCUGGAUUAUGUAAAAUGCGGAGAUCAGAAAGGUAUCAUGGAAGCAGGAAUAUGAAAAGUAUCUGUGUAAAAAUAAGUUGCUUUUAAGAUGUGUUUCCACAAAUCCAGUGCCUAAAGCAGCCACUUCAGUAGAUUGUUAGUUUGUGGAAAUAAUGUUUUCAGUGACCAACUCUCUUUAAUCCAUUCCAAAAAUAGCUGACUAGACAUUUUCUUCUUAUUGUGGCAGUUUUAUAAUUUCCAUUUUAAAAUGGUGGGUUUUUAAAGAUAGUUAUGUCUGCUUUGAGAACUGGAAUAAUUCUUCCUCAACAUUUGCUGGUUCUGCACAAGCUUUCUUAUAUUUGUUACAGUCUCUGUAUAUUAAAAUUCUCAUCCCAUUACAGAAAUGUUAAGCAUUUUUUUCAAAUUCAACUCUACAAAAAUGAUAAAUUUCCAGUAAUCCUUGUAAUCAUCACUGCGAAAAAAAUCACAGAAAGCAAACAGAUCUGUCUUUUUUACCUGUUGUAAAUUAUGCUCACCCAAAGUUUUAAAAAAUUAUUUUGCCUAACUUAAUUUACUUGAAUUUAUUUUCAUUUAAUUUUGGUAGAGUAUGGAGGAAUGUUUACUUUUUGUUAAUUUGUA